UUAAAAACGUUUUUAAUUUUUGAGUUUAAGCAAAGUGUUUCGAUUAAGGAUCAUUAAUUGUGAAAUAAAAUUUUUAAUUAACUAUCAAAAAAUAAAGCUAUUUUUCCGUGUAAUAAAGCAAUUAACAGCGAAUUAAUUGUGAACAAUUAUAAAAAGUAAUUAACAGCGAUUUUGUGACGUCAUCUGUCCACCUCAUCAUUCACGAUGGUGUCUUCUAAAAUUAUAACAAUUUUGGCGUUUAUUACAGCCAAUGCGAUUUGUUCGGGAGCUUUUCCACAAUAUUUUCCGAAUCAGAUGCCGAAUCCAGGAUAUCAAUAUCAGAAUAACUGGCCACAAUAUUAUCCUGUCUACAAUCAAGAUAACUAUUCACCCAUUUAUCCUCAACCCAUUGAUCCUCCCGACAGCAAUCAAGGUUAUCAAAAUUUCCGCAAUCCAGGUUUUUCGUAUAGGCAUCCUUCAAUUCCAGGUAAUGUCCGUCACAUUGGGCCGAUAACAACCGUCAGAAAGUACAGUCGUCCUAUAUCAACACCAGCUCAUACCGAUGAAUAUUUCGGUGGUGCUAUAAAAGUGGAACAUGGUCCUAGUAAUGGGUGGGAAGAAGGCUCGGAACAGACGACUAUAACACGUACAGAAUAUGGGCCAGGGAGACGUCGUUAAAGAUCUAAAAAUUUCUCGGGAGAUUUGACGAAUUGUAUGUGUCAGAACAUAUAUUGAAUAAAAAUGAUAAAUCUA